AUUCCAACAGGGGCGGACGCCUAAUAAGUUUGGUGAUGCAUAUGGACUCCUCUUCCCAGAGUUGUGGUGUGUGUGACCUCCGACACAUCAACAAACCAUCUAUAGUUUGGUGUACAGAAUGUGAUGAAGGACUAUGUACAGAAUGUCAGGAACACCAUAGUCUGUCGAAGGGAACCAGAAACCACAAGACCAUAGCAUAUACGGAGUACCAGAAAUUACCUAGUGAUGUACUAAGGAUCACUCAAAACUGUAGUACACACCAAGAAAAAUUUAUAAUUUAUUGCCGGAAACAUGAACGUCCUUGCUGCAGGAAAUGUAUAGUUGAAAGCCAUAAAGAAUGCCGGGAUAUCGAAAAUUUAGAUGACGUCAUUCAACAUGUCAAAACCUCAAAUGCCGUCUACGAGAUUGAGGAAACAUUGGUUGAAGUAGCAGAAAAUUUACAGAAAAUCCAUCAACAUCAACAAGGAAAUCUGGCGACGUUGAAAGAGAAAAGAAAACAAAUUCAAAAAGAAAUUCAAAAGGCCAGGACAACGAUCAACAACCAUCUGAACAAACUACAAGAAGAUUUGAUAAAACAACUUUAUGCUGUAGAAGAAAAAGAAAACUCGAAAAUUCGUCAGUUAUUGUCUACAUUAGAAAAGACAGAAAAAGAAAUUUUAGAUAAUCAGAGAAACAUUGCGAACAUCAAGCAACACGCAACUGACCUUCAGCUAUUUCUUUCAAUUAAGCAAAUAGAAGAAGACGUCUGUAUCAAAGAUGAAUUUCUUAACUCACUAGUCCGAGGCGAGGGUCUAAAGCUUUAUGGUCUAAAAUAUAAAAUCAACACUGCUAUUCAGAAUAUCAUUUCCGAUAUCAAAAGUUUUGGAGAUGUCCACAUUGAAGCGAAACAAUGUGAAAUUGUUCUUAGCAGGAAGAAGACGAAACAAGCACAGAUAAUUGUACCAACCGUUGAAUCAAGUUCCAUUGAAAAUAUAAAACUGAAAAUAAACAAGACAAUACAACAUCAAGGAAAAUACGUCUUUGGAUGUUGCUUGCUACCAAAUGGUAGAACGGUGUUUACUUACUACAAUGAAUUUGCAGUAAGAGUAUUCAGCAAUGAAGGAAUACAAGACUUUGAAGUGAAGAUACCGUGUUACCCGUUUGAUAUAGUGUACAACAGUGAGGACAAUACAUUGGCUGUUACAUCUGGUGGUUCAAGAGAGCAUUGUAUUAUCAUUAUAGAUUUGAAAAAGAAACAAAUCAAGAAAACAAUUUCACUGGAUUCGAAUAUUUAUGGCAUAGCACUGAAAGAUAAUCGAUUGAUGUAUUCCGCUGAAGACAAAGGGAUACAAAUGAUCAAUCCGUACGACGAGUCAAUAAGUGACAUAGUUCGAGAUAAAAUGCCUAGUAACUGUUACAUUGCAACUUUUGAACACCAAACAUAUCAGACAAACAGUUUAACAAAUACCGUUAAUUGUUACGAUCAACACGGUAAAUCGCAAUGGACUUUCCAUAAUGAAAGCAUUCUGAGGUCUCCUCGUGGUAUUUCUGUAGAUACUAUUGGUAAUUUGUACGUGACGGGGGUCCGUUCGCGCAAUGUUGUAGUUAUCUCACCUGACGGACGACGAUAUAGAGAAGUAUUGGCAACAAGUGAUUGUCCUUCAGAACCUUUUUCACUUUUUUAUAAUAAUUCAAAAAAGCAGUUGCUAGUGGCGAACUGCGAAGACGAGGCUCAAUUGUUUGAUUUUAUUUGAAAUGUGUUUGUCCCGGUUCAGGUUUUCAAUAAUAUUUUUUUUUUUUUCAAUUUUAGCUGUCACAGCUUCAAGUGUUCGGGUGAAAUAAACUGUUUAUGUAUUAUAACUGUUAAGUUUAUUCAUAUGGUUACGAUAACUAACAAUGUAUGCGCAACAUUCCUGUCAAUGUUAUGGUUAAGAUUGAUAACGCCUAAUGGAGGUCCUGUUACAUAUAGAAAACAUACAUUUCGGAAUAAAAAGAAACUUAUUA